UAGGUACCAUCUAAUAUAUAUUUUUUCACAAUUCCAACAAUUUGUGCCAUCAAGUGGCAGCCUACCUACGUAAUAAAAUUGAAGAACCUCAAUAUCCACUACAACCUUGACGAUGUACUAAUAAAGGGCCGGUUUCCUUGCGGCUGGCUGAUGUCGCCGGGGCAACGGACGGGGCGAUUGCCACCCUGGACGCUGCAGCACCCAUGGAUCCGGUCCUUGGGGGAGGUUCCGCUUGUGGGAUCGUGGAGAAGGCAGGCCGGAAAUGCGAUCGAUAUAGAUCGCCCUUCAUCGCCCCUCCUUUGCAGUCGUGUGUGUGUGUGUGUUCCGUGUGCCUUGUUUUCAUUUCCUGAGGUUGUUGUCGCGCCGGUCUAUUGCUCCCCCCUCAUCGGCGCGUGCUACUAUUCAAAUAUCCCUAAAGAGGCGCAUUCUUCCAACGGAACUCUACACAACACCUCGUUUCGACCACGAACACCGGAAAAGCGCCCGUGGCUUUGUAUUUGACUGAAGGGAGGAACCAAAAGGAAAGAAAAGAAAUUCGCAAGGAGAUGGCAUCCUUCAUCACAACCAUUACGCGCCCUGAAAUAUGAUCCCGCUGGACUGACACCUCCCAGCAACGCUCGGACCCGAGCUCCCUUCAAGCCGCGGUCGGCAGCCAAGGGCACCACUAGCUAUCAACU